GUUUCCUCUCUCUCCCUCCUCUCUCUCUUCUUCUCCUCUCUCUGCAGAUAAAGCCGCCAGGAUGUCGAUGGUUGAGCGCUUGGACGAGCAGCAGAUCGAGCGAGCUCGAGAAUGCUUCAACCUUCAUGCGCCCCAGGGCAACCUGCCUCGCGACCGCCUUGCUCUGCUUCUUCGCUCGCUCAAUGUCACGCCCACCAUUGGCGAGAUUGAGGUUAUGGCCGGGGAGACACAAACCUUCGACUUUCCUUCUUUCCUCGAGAUCUUGGCCAAGUCGCCCCAGCCCGCAGACGCCAAGGCCGACGUGCUGGCAGCUUUCAAGGCCUAUGAUCAGGCGGGUACCGGUACCAUCAGCAAAGCUGAUCUCUCCUUUCUGCUCAAAAGCAUCGGCGAAGGUCUCUCAGAUGCCGAGAUUGCUGAAACCCUGGCUGGACAGCCAGAUCCCGUAGACUACAACGCCUUUGUUCAGCAGCUGUAGAUCUCAAGUGUGAGCAAACUAUUUCUUGUUUUUGCUUUUAAUCCGGCCUUUGUUCUGGUAUUCUGGAUUCCUUUUCUUUCCUUGCCUCAUCUUU